CGGUGACGUCAUAAAAGGUGCGCUACAGCUCGUCUGGGAAAAGAUAAGCCGUUUGUGUGAGGUCUGUUCCUGUAGAUGCUGAAGUCACUAUCACACCAGUUCAUCUAUAAAUACUGUGAAGAAGUCAAACAAGCAGCUGCUGUCACAACACAUUCAACUACUCUACUAUUCUGAUCCACUGUUGUAAUGAUGGAGUGUAAUAAAGAGGAGACUGAUCCUGAAUCAUUCAUAAUAACAUCUCAACACACUGAACAACAAACAGGCCUAAUGGUAGUGAAAGAGGAAGGUCAAGAACAAAAUGAAAUGGAGGAUGAACAUCAGCACCACAGUUUCACAAGUCAAGACAAUUGCUCACAAACUGAUGGGUAUUUAUAUCAAGAAAAAGCAGAAGCCAAAAUCUCUCUUGCUCUCUUGCAUAUUUAUGGUGAGACUUUUUCACAAAAAGGACAUUCAAAUGUUGACAUAAAGACUCAAACAGGAGAAAUGAAAUACACCUGUCCUGAGUGUGAAAAGACGUUUACAAGUAAAAGCCACCUUGAGGAUCAUUUUGUAAGUCACACCGGUGAAAGACCCUUCACCUGCCUUCAAUGUGAUAAGAGUUUUAAACGUCAAAGAAAUCUUUAUGUACACCUAAAGAUUCACAGUGGAGAAAGGCCAUACAGCUGUCCUCAGUGUGAAAAGACGUACACAUCUAAACAGCACCUUACACAACAUAUAAUAACUCAUACAAAUGAGAAACCCUUUGCAUGUCCUCAGUGUGAUAAGUGUUUUAAACGACAAAGAAAUCUUAAUGAUCACAUAAGGACUCACACUGGAGAAAGGCCAUACGCCUGUCCUCAGUGUGAAAAGACUUUCACGUGUAAACAAUACCUUCAGGGACAUAUAGUAACUCACACAAAUGAGAGACUCUUUGAAUGCCUGCAGUGUGGCAAGUGUUUUUCACUAAAAAGAAAUCUUACUUUCCACAUAAACACUUACACUGGAGAAAAGACAUACAGCUGUCCUCUGUGUAAAAAGACAUACACAUGUGAAAAGUCCCUGAAUAAACUUCAAACAAGUCACAUUGAUAACAGGCCUUUCUCUUGCCCUCAAUGUGAAAAAAGUUUUAAACAACGACAAACCCUUAAUAUUCACAUGAGGAUUCACAGUGUUGAUAUGACUUACACCUGUCCUCAUUGUGAGAAGAUUUUCACAACAAAAGCACAUUUAGAGAGUCACAUACGUGUUCACACUGGAGAGAAACCUUUCAAGUGCCCGCAGUGUGACAAGAGUUUUAAACAGCAAGGACAUCUUCAGUGUCACAUACGACUUCAUACAGGUGAGAAGCCUUACUCGUGCCAUCUGUGUGAUAAGAGUUACACACAUGCACAAAGUCUCAAAGCUCAUAUGCUGUUACACUCGAAUGAAAAGCCAAUCAGCUGUGAGAGAACUGAAGCGGGAGACCUGGAACGGGACUUAUUGAUCCAUACUGGAGAAAACCCUAAAAGUGCUCAUAUUGUUUUAGACAAUUAGUUAACAGAAUCAAAGGGAAAAUGCUGUCCGCGAAGAGUGAAUGCGUCGAGAUAAAUUUUAGGCGUCAAGUCUAAGCACAUGAUGUAAAAUCCAGAUUAACCAGAAAUAUGACUCGCUCCCAAAAUAAUCAUUCCAGUGCAUUAGUGGUGAAGUUUGUAAUUGUUCAUUAAAAUGUGUCAUCAGCUGAGAUAAAUAUCUAUUUUACUUGCAGAUAGUAAUUUUUAUUUAUUUGACUAUGUUCAUUUAACAAAAACAAUCACCUUUUGUGUGUACUUUAUUAUUUGUAGAUGAAAUUGUUGUAUGCGUUUCACGAUUAAAGAUAUUAAACAGA